AUGACUUUGUGUAAAAACCUGAUCCUGGACCUUCCUGGACCGUCUGUAGAAGAGGGAUCCAGCAUCACUCUGAGCUGUAGGACCAAGCCUGGGACCGAGUCUGGCUCUGGUCCGGUCCUGCUGAAGGAUGGCCUCGUCGUACAGAACAGCUCUGAGUGGACUUUCACUGUGGAGAAGAAAGAUGAAGGAGAAUACAGCUGCAGAGAUGGAAGUGAAGAGUCUGAGAUGAGAAGGCUCCAGGUCACAGUGCGGCCCACAACCACUCCUACCUCCUCGCCUCCUACCUCCUUGUCUCCUAGCUCUUCUGCUCUGUCUUCUCCAGAACCCAGUGGUGCUCCUACUGGCUUCACCCCAUUUCUGCUGGGUGGUCUGGUCCUGCUGGUUCUGGUCCUGGUCCUCGUCCUAGUCCUGGUUUUGCACAGAAGACGGACUCGAGCAGAUCCAGAAAAAGAUGUGACUUAUGCCGACAUCACAGUGAGAGGGGGUAGAAGAGCAGCGCCACCACCUGGUCAACAUGUGGAGGAAACCAUUUACUCUGGAGUCAAAACUCAUCCCAAAGGAGAGGAGGUGACGUACGGAGAAGUGACUCUCAACCCCAAGAAGAAGAAAAAGAGAAAAGACGACUCCAAUGGUCAGUGGUCGGACCCAGAUGUGGUCUACUCCAGCGUGAGAACAAGAGCCAGAGCCGAGACCUGA